CUUUCAAUUUCUAUUUACUGCUGCUUCCUUGCAUAUAUCCAGACCCUCAACCAUCGUCUUCCUGUGCUGAUUCUCUCUCUCUCUCUCCUGAGAGUAACGAGAGAUUUCUUCUACUGUUUGGGAUUGCUUGUUGAAAUGUCCUUUGAAUAUCUCUUGUAUCUUUAUUGAAGCAGGCAAAGUUUGAUUGCAGAGUAACGACUGGUUAUUAUUGGAAUAUCUCUUGAAUCUUUCUUGCCUAUCUCUAAACCGAUAAUCCUUACUGGAGUAAAAGGAAAAGGAAAGCUUUUUUCUUUCUUUUUUUUCUUCCCGAGAAAAGCGCCUUCUUCUUAUGGUGGAAUCUCGGAAGAAAAAGGAUUUCUGGGAGAGUACAUUCUACAGCAUCAGCGCGCAUUGCAUCUCCCUCCGAGUUCCGAAACCCGAAUGAUUUUUCUUCUUUACUGUUUCCUCUCUUUGAAUUUCUACAUUAAAUGAACUGCUGAGGUGGUCCGCGUUCUUCUCUGGCUUCGGUUGCAAUACCCAGGGCAAUAGGGGGAGAAGUCUGGAUUAUUGGAUGUUCGAGGAUCUAAUGGAGAAGUUCAUAAGGCAUUGACGUACGUCUCUCUGUUUCGACGUAUAUAUUUAUUGUAUUCUUUUCUCCCGACGACGAUAAGAGAAAGUCUUCACAUUUUAGACACCCACUGGCAUUAUAUACAAAUAAAAUGGACUUCUCGUUAUUAUUCGGAUUCACGUAUCUCAUCGCUUUAUCCUUUCUGUUUUCUAUAUCCCUUUCUGCAAUCCCGUCGGAAUCUCAAAGCGGUCCCCAGCAGCCCAUCAAACCGGGUGAUUUCUCUGAUACAAACACCGUUCCCGCCUUUCCCGUCCAAACGCAAGCACAAACAUGCCAUCUCGACCUCUCCGAAGAACUUUUCGGCGGCGUCAGUGAGGCAUGCGGGCGCAACCUCGACCGUAGCCGCUGCUGUCCAGUGCUCGCCGCCUGGCUCUUCGCUGCGCAUGCUAAGUCAGCACUGCAGGUACCAUCAGCUGUGCCCACAUCGUCAGACGGUCCGGUGGUACCGGAUGACUCCCAGAAGUGCGUCAACUCACUUCAGAGCUCGCUGCAGAGUCGCCACAUAAACAUUCCACAGCCUAACUCCACAUGCGAUGCCAUUCUCUGUUUCUGUGGCAUUCGGCUCCAUCAGAUUACCUCGCUGAGUUGCCCCGCCGCAUUCAACCUUACCUCCCACCGGAACGCAACUCCGACAGCUGCCGUCAAGAAUUUAGAACGGAAUUGCCGGAAUUCGUCCUACUCCGGCUGCACCAAGUGUCUCGGCGCCCUCGAAAAGCUAAAGGGAGAUUGGAAGAACGGGACUGGAGAAGAAAACGACGAACGAGCGAGCAAGAUGUUCGGUAGGGAUUGCCAGCUAAUGGGGUUGACGUGGCUGCUGGCCAGGAACAAAAAGGCGUAUAUCCCGACGGUGUCAGCGGUUCUGCGUGCGAUGAUGUACAGUGCGCACCCGCCGCACCAGUCGAAGUGCAGUCCCGAUCAGGAGAAUAUGCCAUUGGCUGUUGAUUCCCUCCAGUUCGGGAGGCAGGACUCGUCUCAGGCAACGGUUGUUCUUCCGGUAGAUCAGUCGCUGCUUCUGCUUGUCUUGGCCUUGGGAGUCGCUGUGUUCGUCUUCGUCGUCUAAAGUCUAAGAAUCAGCGUCUUUUGCUUUUUUUUUUUCGCUGGAUAUUCUGUCGGUCACGUGAUGCUAUAUGACAACGGGGCCCCUUCUUUUCGUCUCUUUCAGCCCACUGUACAAUAUACAUCACAUACACGCAGCUCACUUUCAGACUUAUUUUUGACAUCUAGGUGUUUGUGUACAUGUGUGACCGUGUGGAGUUGUCCUCUGUUACAGGGUUGUCAGUUUUUUUCUAUAUUUUAUCUUCCUUUUUGCUUUUCUUUUCUUACCGUGUUGACACUAAAUGAGGAAAACAGAGUGGUUGCUGGUUACGUUACAAACUACAAUUACAUUACCUUUUGGCUUUUGCACAGUGCGUGCAUUGUUUGCUGUAAUAUAUAUGGUUUCGUUCAUGUUAGGCCAACAGAAACUUUUUACAGAGUUGCACAGCUGCUGUGCUUCAA